AUAUAAAUAAAUCUUCAUACAUCUCCUUUCCCACUUGUCUUCUCUGCUUUCGAAACAACACUCACAAAACAAAGCCUUCUUUUUCUUGUGUGAUCUCACAAGCCCCUAAAAGCCACCAUGUCUUCCUUCAAGAGCAAAUACCAAGAUGAGUUGAUUGCCAAUGCUACUUAUAUUGGCACCCCAGGAAAGGGUAUCCUUGCAGCUGAUGAGUCAACCGGCACAAUUGGGAAACGUUUGGCGAGCAUCAACGUGGAGAAUGUUGAAACAAACAGGCGCAUUCUUCGUGAGCUCCUAUUCACUGCUCCCGGUUGUCUUGAGUGCCUCAGUGGUGUCAUCUUGUUUGAGGAAACCCUCUACCAAAAAUCAGCUGCAGGAGUACCCUUCGUGGACAUACUGAAGAAAGGAGGAGUUCUCCCGGGCAUCAAGGUAGACAAGGGCACCGUUGAGCUCGCCGGAACAAACGGCGAAACCACCACCCAAGGCCUCGACGACCUCGCCCAGCGCUGCAAGAAGUACUACGAAGCCGGCGCAAGGUUCGCCAAAUGGCGCGCAGUGUUAAAGAUAGGUCCAAACGAGCCCUCUCCGCUCUCCAUCCACGAGAACGCCAACGGGCUUGCUCGCUACGCGGCCAUCUGCCAAGAAAACGGCCUUGUACCCAUCGUGGAGCCCGAGAUCCUCUCCGAUGGGCCCCACGACAUUGCGAAAUGCGCCGACGUAACGGAGCGUGUGCUGGCCGCGUGCUACAAGGCCCUAAACGACCACCACGUGCUCCUCGAAGGCACGCUGUUAAAGCCCAACAUGGUAACCCCUGGGUCCGAGGCGGCACGUGUGACGGCUGAGGUCAUAGCGGAGCAUACGGUGAGGGCGCUGCAGAGGACCGUGCCUCCCGCAGUUCCGGCGAUCGUGUUUCUCUCCGGGGGACAGAGUGAGGAAGAGGCGACGGUGAAUUUGAACGCGAUGAAUCAACUGAAGGGGAAGAAGCCGUGGUCGUUGACUUUCUCUUAUGGGAGGGCGCUGCAGCAGAGCACGCUGAAGGCGUGGGGUGGAAAGGACGAGAAUAUCCCCAAGGCGCAGAGCGCGUUGCUUGUGAGGUGCAAGGCGAAUUCGGAGGCUACUCUCGGAACUUAUAAGGGGGAUGCCACGCUUGGGGAAGGGGCUUCUGAGUCACUUCAUGUUAAGGAUUAUAAGUACUGAGAGGUCUGAGAUUGUUUUUUUUUUGGAAUGGAAUUGUUUCUUUCUUUCUUUUUUUGAACUGUUUUGUAGGUUUAUGGAUAUUCUCGGUCGUAGGUGGUAAUGUGAGAAUAAUAAUGGCUUUAGCUGCUGCUGCUGCAUUGGCCUGAUCGGCGUUUACUUUUUUUCUUUCUUUUACUAUGUUAUUUUGUUAUUCUAUUUUUACACUGCUUAAUCUAUUUUUUAUAUUAGAAACCAAGAAAAAUGUACUACUUCUAAAUUCUGAGUGCACUGUUUCUUCGAAUCC